GUCAUGACGCGCCUGCGACACUAGCUCUCCGCCGCUCUUGGUAAACAGAGACGUCAGCGAGAAGUUUUGCGGUGCCCAAAACAAAAGGAAAAGUGGUAGUUACCCGGCGGAACCGGCAGCGAAGCUUUCAUUACACAGAGACCGGCAGGAGGGGGCCUCCCUCCCACCCCAGGCUCGGGCAGGAUCUCAUCGAGGGGGGCUGUGCAAGGCUCGGCGCAGCUGGAGCCCCGACCGAGUGAUGGGGGCUGCGGGCGGUCAGGGGCCCAUCCACUCACACUCACAGCCGGGCUGGGACUAGGAUAUCACCUGCUCAGAGGGUCUGCCUGUAGACCCCCACCCCGAUACCCCCCAGGGGACCGUGAAUAUUAACACCCAGGCUAGGUUACCGUUAGUGUACUGCUCGUACCCCAUAAUGGAGGGAACUGAACCCGCACCCGUGGACAUUGAUCCGGAUUUCGAGCCCCAGGCUCGGCCCAGGUCCUGCACGUGGCCCCUUCCCAGACCCGAACUGUCAGUGGUCCAGCCAGCAGCCCCCAAUGACGAAAGCAGGACAGAGACCCCUGAUGCCCCUUCUCUGAUGUCCCCAGAAGGGGAGGAGAGGGCGCUGUCAGAUGGGUUGACUGGCAGCGGUGGAGUGACCCCCAGGAAGGGGGGAUCUAGGAGGAACGCAUGGGGCAACCAGUCUUAUGCAGAACUUAUCAGCCAGGCCAUAGAGAGCUCCCCUGAGAAAAGACUGACCCUGUCUCAGAUCUAUGACUGGAUGGUGAAGUCCAUUCCUUACUUCAAAGACAAGGGUGACAGCAACAGCUCUGCAGGCUGGAAGAAUUCGAUCCGCCACAACUUAUCACUUCACAGCAAAUUCAUCAAAGUUCACAAUGAGGCCACUGGUAAGAGUUCUUGGUGGAUGCUAAACCCAGAGGGAGGAAAGAGUGGCAAAGCUCCACGCCGAAGAGCAGCAUCCAUGGACAACAGCAGUAAACUAGUCAAAGUGCGAAACAAGGUAUCCAAGAAAAAGUCUCUAGUAACUGGUGAUCCUCCUGCUGGCAGUCCCAAUUCGCAGCCCAUUAAGUGGUCUGGUAGCCCAUCAUCACGGAAUUCUGAAGAUCCUGAUGUAUGGACAAGCUUUCGCCCUCGUACCGGAUCUAAUGCUAGCAAUCUCAGUCUCCGUCUGUCCCCAAUUUUGACAGAGCAGGAUGAUGUGGCAGAUGAAGAGCUUCACUCCUCUCUCUCAUUCUCAAACAGUGUUCCCCCAACUGUCACAGAGGAGCUGGAACUAAUUGAUAGCCUCACUCUACUUACUUCAGGAGCACCACUCCCUCCUCCACAAUCAUUGCUUCAAGGAACAUCCAGUUUUCCUCUGCAUCCCCCUCAGGCCAUGUCUUUUGGUAAUUCCUUGUUCAAUCCUGUGGAGUCGUCUGCUGUGAGAGGUACUUCUGGUCACUUUCAACGGCCUCAGACUCUUGAAGCCCUCCUUACAUCUGAUUCUCCACCACCCAGCAAUGUGAUGUUGACACAGGUUGAUCCAGUGCUGGCUCAAAGCGGAGGGCAGAACCUAAUUAUGAUGAGCAAGGGUAGAACCCCAGACCAACCCUCUAUGCCCCUGACCUCUUUAGUUCCACCUACCACACUUGCAAUGUUGGGGCUCCCUCCAGCUUCUUCUAUGCCGUCCCCAAAGCCAUCCUCUUUUGGUUUAUCUUCUGAACGGCUUCCAAAAGACUUAGAGAUGGAUCUGUUUCUUGAAAACCUGGAGUGUGAUAUGGAAUACAUAAUCAAUAAUGACUUGAUGGAUGAGAGUGUCUUGGACUUCAAUUUUGAUCCCUCACACCCUGGAGCAAAUCAAGGCAACAACCACAGUUGGGUGCCCAGCUAAAUACAGAUUUCAUGGGCAAUCCACCAAAACAUUACGGCGGAUUUUAUGGUUUAUUUGAAGAUGGCUUCAAUGACAAGAUCUACUUACUCCAUUUGUCUCCAUGCACUGCUCAAGCUGCAGAAACACCUAAACAAGCUCCAUUCUUAGAUCAGACACACAUACUUCCUCCCACUUAGUGCUGCAUAUGUUUAAAGCUGUAAUGCAGCUAAGGUAAUAUCUGGAAUGAGACUUGCCUGUUUUCACUAACUGCAUUAGAAACCUUUCUAUGCUCUCUACUACAGAUUGGGGAGGUUUAUUGAAAGUGCAGUGACUGGUAACUUGAGCCAUAUUUACAAAAUGAAGGAGAGCCCCGAAGAAAUACCUUGGUGGUCAUCUACGCUAUCAAGUAAAUGGUUUAUAGAACCUGUGCCACAAGACUUCUACCAUUGUGAUUAAACUCACCAGCAUUUAACCGAAGAGGAAUCCACUGUGUCCUGUACAAAUUCAUGGCACUUACCUCCUGUUUCAUGCUGUAAUUAAUAGGUCUCAUGGUGUGUAAGGAGCGGUGUAUAGAAAGGUGCAGGCACCGAACAGCAUCCAGACUAAGAUCGAACAAUUACUUAAGAUGAUUCAGAAAUGUUAGUACAGGAACAUAGGAUUUUUUUUUAUACUAAUUUUUGUAGCUGAUCAUAUAGGGUACUAUGUAAUUUUGCUAAAACACUAAAGCGAUGAAGUUAAAAGUGGAGGGUAAUUAGGUGCUCAGCUCUCCUCAGAAGGUUAUUUUUAUGGUUUUGGUCAUUUCUACUCCACCUCACUAUGCUGCAAUCUUUUUAACCUCUUGAGUGGCCUGCCAUUAUGUGUUAUGGAAUCUCUGAGAUGCAAACAAUUUGCUUUCUGAAAUUACAACACAAGUUUCAUUUUUUUCUACAGCACUACAUUUUAGUGGUGUUAAGAAAAAAAGAGAGAAAAGACAUUUCCUGUUGUAAUGGGCUUGGGAGUGUUUAAAAUGAGGGCUAUUCGUGGUUUCAUGUGUUCUUGGUAAAAUUUGUGAUCUGUUUGUAAAUACAAGAAAUGUUCCUAAGAUGUCAGACAUUUUGUAUCCAGUUUUAAACCUCUCAUACCUUAUCAUCUGCCUUUCUAUAUUUAUGAAUGCCUUAGCUCCCAAGAAGCAGAAAAAGCACUUCAGUGGGUACAGGGCUUUCAUGAGGAUAGUUUUGUAACUGACACUAAAUUCCCUGUGAUUUCUAGAAUAUUUUUUUUUUUUAUAAUGGCUUAUUUUGUUAGCAAGGUUUGUGGUGUUUAGAGUGAGCUUGUUCAAAGCUGCAAUUCGUUUUUCAGUUGUUGCAAUAGUGUGCUUUAUACCAAGGCAAAUUCAUUGCUUUGAAGCUACGGUGUCUAUAUACACUGUGUACAAUAUUACUACAUAAGCUUUAUUUAGAAAGGACAUUCAGUUUGCAGCAAAAGAUGGCAUCCAUUGAUACAGAGGGCUAACCACACUGUGCUAUACCAGGUUGUCUUUUUGCAGAUUUUCCUGCACCUUGUUUAUCAUAAGUUCCAAAUUUUGGGAAAUGUUUUUACCUAAAAUAAUACAGUUUGUAUAUUGUUGGCGCCUUUAUUUUCCCCUCGAUUAACUUUUCUUGAUCCUGUUUUUCUAUAAUUGCGUGUUAAUGAACACUCCUUAAGCUCCUCCCUAACUGCAUUACCUAAUCCUCCCUGGCACCAACAUAAAUCAUGUGAUAAAUCACUAAUGUUUAACAUGUACUACUUGCUGUGGCUUAGUAAGUAGUAGCAUAUAAUUUCACCUGGAUACAAGUGAUAUUACUAUGCCUAUAUUAAUAUAAAAUUUUAGAAUGAAAUCAAGCUGAUAAUUCUUUGAAAAAGAUGUAGCUGGUAUAAGAUUAUAUUUUGAACUCCAUUUUUUUUAUAAAUAGAAAAUGUACAUUACUUAAUAGUUCUUAAAAAAACAAAAAUCAAACCAAGUUUACACAUUUUAUUAUGAAAAGACUGUUUAUUAUUCAAUGACUGUGCCGUACUUUUUCAUCAAAUCAGAGUCAUUUUGAAAAUGUAUAUAUAUUCAAGACUUACACACCUUUGAAUAAACAAGUAUUUUAAAAUAAUUGUAAACCUUUCCAAAAGAUGUGGUUAGAUUGCAUACUAGAAGUUAAGUCGACUUUAAUCAGUUUAUUUUAAUCUUUACAAGGAUACAAAGCUCCGUUAAUUAGGUUUUCAUAGGAAAGGGACACCUCUGAGCACAUUGGAUAUAGUCUCCACUAUUUUAGUAAAAAAAAUCUUGAUGGCAAUGUGUGAGGUUUUAUAAUGCAUAUUACAUAUUUUACAGGAAAAAAAGUAGAUUGUACAGAUAUACUCAAGGAUAAAUAUGCAAAGAUAGACAAAUAUAUAGGUACAGAUUUAUGUAAGGAUACGUAUUAUAUAAAUGGAUAAGCAUUUCAAUAGAUAGAUCUACUUACAGAUAUAUAUAUAUAUAUAUAGAUAUAUAUACACACACACACACACACACACACACACAAAUGCUGAAUGUAAAUGUAGAUUAAGGUACAUGCAGAACUGGACAGAAGCCAUGAACUAUGGCUCCUGAUAUUGCAUUGCAAGCUGUUGGCCAACUGUCGAGGACAGGGGGUAAGGCGAGGCGGCAUUUAGAUCAAUGCCUUGGAAUCGCUUUAGAACAGAUGGUUCCCUAGGCUGAAGGAUUUCCAGAGUAUUCACUAAACAUGGAAUUAAUUAAGGAAUUGCAAGUGUUAAGGCAUCAUUAAGUGAGCUAUAAUAAAAAAAAAAAGCAAAAAGGAAAUGGAGAUUGUUUUUCAAAUUCAACUUUUUAGUCUAAAAAAGGUGUAAUAAUUUUCUUCAAUUCCAGAAAAUGUUUGCUGAAUAAUUAUGUAUUGUUAUGGUGAACAUCCACUAAUGUAGUGGUUCAGCUUUUUCCUAUCUUCAGUAAUGAUUGUCUUGUUUCUAGCUUAAGGCUCUUGAGCUAUUCUAGUUCCUCUCAGUUUCAUGCUUUAAGAACCACCAACUCAAUAAGAGUCCAUGACGCCGAAACAACCAAGUUGUUAGGCUCUUCAAGUGAUGUUUUACUAAUGUUGACAGUAUAGCUGUAUUGAGCUAAUUGGUUAUACAAAACAUGCCAAGAUGUGUAUAGACUAGAUUGUGAAGACCCAUUGGUAUUGAUAUUGGGUUAAGCAAGAGAUGGUGCUGCAGUUUUCAUUAUAAGAAGUGGGAAGCAAGGCAAGAUUUAUAAGAUAAGAAAUUGCUGCUGCUCUGGAAAUCUCUACUAAAUCUUUAAAGGGUUACUCUAAGUAUCAUAAUUACUGCAGAUCUCUAUAGUGAUUAUGAUGCUUGCUGUAUCCUGGCCCAAUUUCCCAGUAAAUAGGGUAAAUUGUUUUGUUACAGAGAGUCCUCUUACCUGGGUACCAUGUGUCCUAAGGCCAGUAACAACAUCCAGCUUCUGCAGAGCUGUGCCAGCUGACCACACUCCUCCAAUAAUUUUAAUGAUGUGCAUAGAUAUAUGCACAGAAUGUACAAUAGCCAUCUGAGAACUCUUGUUCCUGGGCUGGCUAUUGACGCCCCAAUGACAUGGCCAGAGGUGGAGUAUCACCUCUGGCAGUAGAGGGGUUAAACUUCAUAUAGCUGAAGUGUUCAUGUUGCUUGGAGUAACCCAUUAAUGCCUGUGUGACUGCUCAGCCCAAAGUAUGGCCCUGGCAACCUCCUAUUGUGUGUUCCUUGGCUCAUAAAUACAUCAUUGGUACAUCUAGGAGCAGGGAUCAGUAACAUUUUGCACUCAAGAUGUUGUGGCUUACAUCUUGCAUAAUGCUCUUACAUCCUUAAUGCUGACAAAGCAUUAGAGGAGAUGUAGUCCACAAAGUCUGGCGUGUUGAAGGGUGCCAACAACUAAACUAGAGUGAAAUAUUCUGAUCUCAAAAUUCCCACUAGUGUGAAAAUAAUGAAUUGAGAACAUAUAGAUUCCUUUAUCUUCCCAUGUGGGAAAAAGUGUUCUGGUACCCUACUACGCCAUCUGUUGAACUACCAACAGCAUUUUUUAUAUUUUUUUAUAUAACAUUUUGCAGAGUAGUGAUUUUUUUUACCUCUAAUGUCCAAUAUGGUACCGUGCCUGCUAAAACUGAUUUUCCGGCUUGGAAUAUAGAAGUAUAUGACAGGUUAGUGGAGUAUAAAGGUUUAAAGAUACUGAUGUCACAAACAUUUUUUGUUUGAUAUAUUGUGAUAUUCUGCACCAGCAUUAAACCCUAUGGAAACUGAUCUUUUGCAUUACAUUGGGAAUUUUUAUAUAUACCAAAGUCACUUUCAGCCUAAUUUUAUGCUUAACACUUUGGGUGAAGCAAAGUUAGCAGAAUAAAAAUAAAUAAAUUCCGAUCACCAUAGCUCAUUUACCAGCAUACAUGCCAAAUUUGGCAAAUAUUUUUCAAAAAUGGUGAACAUUUUGCACGGUAGAAAGAAAUAUUCUUAAAGUGUACGUUUAGUGGGAUAGUCAUAUUUGAGAAGUAUUAGCAGUAUCUGGCUGCACAAAUAAAUUCCUUCCCUCCCAACUCCAUGUGAAUGUAUGCUAGUUUUCAUUUUCAUAAAACCAAAACUGCAAAAAACUAAACUACCGGUACAUACACAAUAGUUUAUAAUUCUACCAGUUAGGCAUCUGGACAAGUCUUUAGGAGACAGGGAGCGCUACAAUUUUUUUUUUACAUCAGUACAUACUAAAAGUGGGUUAUUAAAACGAAUGCUUGUCAAGAAACAUAAGCAGUUGUGGGGUGUGAACACUAGAUAUAUAGCUAUAGUGUACAAAAGUUGUGUGUGAACAAUGUUACACCUGCAGCAGAAACAUAACUCAGUAAUGCAACUAUCAAAUUGCUAAAUUGCAGCAUAAGAUGCCUUAAAUAUUUAACCCAUUGGACAUGUUUGCAUUUUGUAGUGUUACAACCUGGAAUUAAAAUUGAUUUUAUUAUGA